AUGCUGCUGGACGCCGGACCCCAGUUCCCUGCCAUUGGAGUGGGCACUUUCGCUCGGCACCAUCACUCGGCCGCCGCCGAGAUGCAGGAUCGGGAGCUGAGCCUGGCGGCGCAGAACAGCUUUGUGGACUCGGCAGCCCACAUGGGGGCUUUUAAACUCAACCCCGGGGCCCACGAUCUGUCCCCCGGCCAGAGCUCGGCUUUCACCUCGCAGGCUCCCGGCUACCCGGCGGCAGCGUUGGGUCCCCAUGCCGCCCAUGUCAGCUCCUAUUCCGGGGCGCCUUUCAACUCCACCCGGGACUUCUUGUUUCGCAGCCGGGGCUUUGGGGACUCGUCUCCGGCCGGCGGCCAGCACGGGAUCUUUGGCCCUGCGGCCGGGACCCUCCAUCACCCGCACACGGACGCUCAGAGCCACAUCCUCUUCCCCGCCAUUCACGACCAGCAUGGCCCCCACGCCUCCCAAAACGUCCUGAAUGGGCAGAUGCGCCUGGGUUUGCCCGGGGAGGUCUUCGCCCGAUCGGAUCAAUACCGCCAGGUCUCUAGCCCCAGGACUGAUCCCUAUUCGGCGGCUCAGCUGCACAACCAGUAUGGCCCCAUGAAUAUGAAUAUGGGCAUGAACAUGGCAGCUCACCACCAUCACCACCCAGGUGCCUUUUUUCGAUACAUGAGACAACAGUGCAUCAAGCAAGAGCUGAUCUGCAAGUGGAUCGACCCCGAGCAGCUGAACAACCCCAAAAAGAGUUGCAAUAAAACUUUUAGCACCAUGCACGAGCUGGUCACCCAUGUCUCGGUGGAACAUGUUGGGGGACCCGAGCAGAGCAACCAUAUCUGUUAUUGGGAGGAGUGUCCCCGGGAAGGCAAACCUUUCAAAGCCAAAUACAAACUGGUCAAUCAUAUCCGAGUGCACACGGGAGAGAAGCCGUUCCCCUGUCCUUUUCCUGGCUGUGGGAAAGUUUUCGCCAGAUCAGAAAACCUAAAAAUCCACAAAAGGACACACACAGGAGAAAAGCCUUUCCAGUGUGAAUUUGAAGGCUGUGACAGACGUUUUGCCAACAGCAGCGAUAGGAAGAAGCACAUGCAUGUCCACACUUCAGAUAAGCCCUAUCUGUGCAAAAUGUGCGACAAAUCCUACACCCACCCCAGCUCUCUGCGGAAGCACAUGAAGGUCCAUGAAUCUUCUCCUCAAGGCUCUGAAUCGUCCCCGGCUGCCAGCUCGGGCUAUGAGUCCUCCACGCCCCCGGGCCUGGUGUCCCCCAGCGCCGAGACUCAGAGCACCACCAACCUGUCCCCGGCGGCGGCGGCGGCUGCAGCUGCGGCGGCGGCCGCGGUGUCUGCGGUGCACAGAGGCAGCGGCGGCGGCGGCGGGGGAGGCAGCGGCAGCGGAGCCGGCGGGGGUGGAGGGGCCAGCGGGAGCCACAGCGGCCUCUCCUCCAACUUCAACGAAUGGUACGUGUAG